CCUGGCGAGUAGUUCCGACAUUUUCCAGUCGGCGGUGAAAACGGAUUCCAGGCCCUCCCGGAAGUUGUUGCACAGUCGUUUCCGGGGCUUGAGGUGGAGGAGGAAUCCGAAUGGGUCGCAGCCGCAGCCGUUCCCCGCGGAGGGAACGUAGGCGGUCCCGGUCCACAUCCCGGGAGAGAGAACGCAGGCGCCGAGAGAGGUCCCGGUCCCGAGAGAGAGAUCGGAGAAGAAGCCGCUCUCGAUCCCCACACAGAAGACGAUCCAGAUCCCCAAGACGACAUAGAUCCACAUCUCCUUCCCCUUCUCGACUGAAAGAAAGAAGAGAUGAGGAGAAGAAAGAAACAAAAGAAACAAAGAGCAAAGAACGUCAGAUUACUGAGGAAGACUUAGAGGGCAAAACCGAAGAAGAAAUAGAAAUGAUGAAGUUAAUGGGGUUUGCCUCCUUUGACUCCACAAAGGGAAAAAAGGUGGAUGGCUCUGUAAACGCCUAUGCCAUAAAUGUGUCUCAGAAGAGGAAGUAUAGGCAGUACAUGAAUCGAAAAGGUGGAUUCAACAGACCUUUGGAUUUCAUUGCAUGAGAAUUGAAAUGUUGAAUGAUUUUUUUCCCCCCUCAUCUUGAUUAGAACAGUGGAUUUUGUAUUUUGUAUUUAAUAUGCAUCAAAAAACGGGAUCACAGUCCUUCCUCCUUGUAAAGUAAGAAAAUUUUAUUUAUGAUGUGUGUAGUUCAGUUACCCUGCCUCAAAAAUAGAAGGUUAAAUGUUACUUUUUUUCCUGUAGGAAAUACCACUUGGGGCAGUCAUCAGCCCCAUUCCUUUGUUCUUAUUCCUAUGGAAGCUACAUAUGUGUUCUUCUUGGAUGCUCUUUAGGACUUUUUAAAACACAUAAAAGUAAUUUGGAAGUCAGUUUCUCAAAUAAAGCAGUAUUUCUACCCUUUUAUAUUUGAUAUUUUUAUUAUUAGAUUAAAGAAUCACCCUACACAUUUUCUUUUUUCAUAUAUAAAUUUAGUAUCAUAAUUCUUCAUAGUUUAAAAAUUAGAAUGAAAAGUAUAACUGGAUUUUUGUAUCUUCUGUGUUUUUUGCCCCCAAAUACCAUUUACUGUUUUCUCCCCAAUUGAAAAGCAGUACAUGCUUAUUAAAAACUGAGGGAAACCAGAAAAUUAAAAAAAAAAAAAGCCAAAAA